GAGGCCAUUCAUCAGCCUUCCGAGCCUAUCAAUGACAUGUCCCCAUCAGGGCUGCUAUAAAAUCAGACCCUUUCCCAUGAAACAUCAGCAAACAUUUUGACGGGUCUGGCUUUCCCCCCCGCUGGAUUUCUGGAGUCUCUACCCUCCUCUCCUCUCACCACCUCCCCUCACCAUCACUACUGACACCCACCCCUCUUUCGGCGGAGCCCAGACCCUCACCAUCUCCUGCCACGGAUAGGCAGUGGUCACGGGGAAGCGGAGCCAGACAAGGGAAGACCUACUGAGGAGGGGGAGCUGUACACAGAGCCAUUUUCUUGGAGGAGCCAGUUUGCCAUUGAUGGGAAGAGGAUGCAUUGUGGGCUGCUGGAGGAGCCUGAUAUGGAUUCCACAGAGAGCUGGAUUGAAAGAUGCCUCAACGAGAGCGAGAGCAAGCGGUAUUCCAGUCACACAUCCCUGGGGAAUACGUCCAAUGACGAAAAUGAGGAGAAAGAGAACAACAGGGCUUCUAAACCCCAUUCAACACCAGCUACCCUACAAUGGCUGGAGGAGAACUAUGAGAUUGCAGAAGGGGUUUGUAUCCCCCGCAGUGCUCUCUAUAUGCACUACCUGGACUUUUGUGAGAAGCACGACACACAGCCUGUCAACGCCGCCAGCUUUGGGAAGAUUAUUAGACAACAGUUUCCACAACUGACCACAAGAAGACUGGGCACCAGGGGCCAGUCAAAGUACCACUACUAUGGUAUCGCUGUGAAGGAGAGCUCCCAGUACUACGAUGUGAUGUACUCCAAGAAGGGGGCGGCGUGGGUGAACGAGACAGGCAAGAAGGAGGUCAUCAAGCAGACAGUGGCGUAUUCACCACGCUCCAAACUGGGGACGCUCCUGCCAGAGUUUCCAAAUGUCAAAGACUUAAAUCUGCCCGCCAGUCUGCCAGAGGAGAAGGUGUCAACGUUCAUCAUGAUGUACAGAACUCACUGCCAGAGGAUACUGGACACAGUAAUACGUGCCAACUUUGACGAGGUCCAGAGCUUCCUGCUGCACUUUUGGCAGGGCAUGCCCCCCCACAUGCUCCCUGUCCUGGGCUCCUCCACUGUGGUCAACAUCGUGGGCGUCUGUGACUCCAUUCUUUACAAGGCAAUCUCUGGGGUUCUUAUGCCCACCGUCCUGCAAGCACUCCCUGAUAGUUUGACCCAGGUGAUCCGGAAGUUUGCCAAACAGCUGGAUGAGUGGCUUAAAGUAGCACUUCACGACCUGCCUGAAAACCUGAGGAAUAUCAAAUUUGAAUUAUCUAGAAGAUUUUCUCAAGUUCUCAAGAGGCAGACAUCUUUGAACCAUCUAUGUCAGGCGUCACGGACGGUGAUCCACAGUGCAGACAUCACCUUUCAGAUGAUGGAGGACUGGAGGAACGUGGACCUGAACAGCAUCACCAAGCAGACACUUUACACCAUGGAGGACACAUGGGAGGAGCACCGGCGGCUCAUCAUCCACUUGUACCAGGAAUUUGACCAUCUGCUGGAGGAGCAGUCUCCUAUAGAGGCCUACAUCGAGUGGCUAGACUCCAUGGUGGACCGCUGUGUUGUCAAGGUGGCAGGAAAGAGGCCCGGGUGCCUGAAGAAGGUGGCCCAACAGUUCCUGCUCAUGUGGUCGUGCUUCGGGACCCGAGUCAUCCGGGAUAUGACCCUCCACAGUGCACCUAGCUUCGGCUCGUUCCACCUGAUCCACCUGAUGUUUGAUGACUAUGUGCUGUACCUGCUGGAGUCCCUGCACUGCCAGGAGAGGGCCAACGAGCUCAUGAGGGCCAUGAAGGCAGAGGGCAGCACAGCUGAACAAGAGGAAGAGAUGAUGCUGACGGAGACCACGCCCACCUCCACGUCCCCAGGGCCAUUUUCCCCACCGAAGUCUGUCACCUCAGUUGGGGUCCCAGCCACCAGCUCCCCCACCGCUGCCCAGUCCCCAGAGUACACAGGGGCCACAGCCACCACAGGCGCUGUUCAGUCAUAUACCUGGUCCCUUACGUACACAGUGACAACGUCAGGCGGCACUCCUCCCGAGGGCGGACAGCAGCAGCCCUGCAUGCGCAGCGGUGCACCCGUGCCCCCUCCCUCCUCCACCCAUCGACUGCCAGUCUACGCCCACAGGGACGAGCACGGGUUUACUGGGAGCUAUAACUACGGGAGUUACUCUAACCAGCACCCCCACUCCAUCCAGAGCCAGUACCCCAGUCUGGCCCACGAACCUGGCAUCCCUGCCCCCCUCCACUAUCCCGCAUACCACCGCACCUCUGCACAGUACCCGCUCAACAGCCAGAUGUCCCGGAUGGAGCCCUGCUUGAUGGGAGGUGCUCCUCGGCUGCACCCUACGCCCGUGGCCCCACGGUGGGCGGAUGUCUCCCCAGCCAACAGCUGUUACACCAGUCCCCCUAUGCACUCCUCCCGCUACGCCGCCUCUGGAGACAUGUACUCCCCCCUGGCCCCUCGCAGGAACUCUGAGUACGAACACUCACAACACUUUCCUGGCUUCGCUUACAUCAAUGGAGAGGCCACCACAGGCUGGGCCAAGUAGGCUUCCUAUUCAGCCCUCAGAGAGCGGAGCUGUCCUGGGCACAGUCAUGCCCAUGCAGCCUGCCAAGCCUAUAGAUGCAAACGUCCCACUGCCUUUCCCCAACACGACCCAGAGGCACCUAAUCAGGAGUAUCAGUGUAAUGGUAGGGGACAGAUGCUGGAGAGUAGCAAAACUGGGUAACCUUGUUAACUUGACCCGCAGGCCACAGCACAGACAAACAAGAUUCAGGACUUCUUCUCACAUUACACAAUCAGAAUAUUGUGGCGUAGGCCUAGUCUGUUGAGGGCAAUAAUCGCCUCAAUGGUGGUGCUGUUUGUUGUUUGCAGAAAAUGGCUGUGCAAACCCUUUGGGAUUAUAGAAACAGAGGCAGUCGGAAGAAUCUCACAUGUGGAAGUGUGCAGUGUGAGACUGCCCAGCUGUGCCUUUUCAAUUAAUGAACACCCAUCCCUGCCUGGCAACCUGCCAAGUCAACAAACACUGAUCAUCACCCCUCCCUCCCUGUACUGGGACACUAAUGUACGCAACUCUGUUUACAUUGUAUACUGUGGCUGACGUCAGUACAGUAUCUUAACGAUGCACACCAUUUUCUCUUGGUCAACACUUACUCAGAGUAGGCCUCUGAGACGUUGUCCAGAAGACAUGCUAGCCUGCUGCAGAACCAGGGUCAUAUUCAUUAGGGCACACCGUAGCAAUACAUUUUGGAACGGAAAAUGAACAUGAAUGUUUCUUAUGUGAUAAGUUAAGGUUGUCGCUCCCUGUUUGUCUGUUUUCUUCCGUUUGGUGCCUAAUGAAUACAACCCAGGAUGGAUUGCCUUAAUGUUUCACCACUGGAGCCCAGUCGUCAAUUGGCAUACAGCCAAAAAUCUAUGAGAGAAGUUUAUGGCUGAGACAAAGCUAAACAUGUGGAGAGCCUUUAUUAGCUUGUCAGUUUCACAUGAAUAGUUUUUUUUAAUGAUCAAGUGCUGUGCCUCAGCCAGAUUAUUUGUGUGCUGUGUCACAAACUCUGUUGCUGUAUUUGUGGGAGGAGGAAAACACUAUAGAUAUAUUCUCUGUAACUUUGUAACAUUGUGCUCUGUUUUGUUUUCUGUGUUACAGUUGGUAUUUUGUUUUGGUUUUUUUAUGGAUAUAGUGAAGGAAACAUUAACCUAGUUGUGUGUGUUUUAUAAUGCACUCAAAGCUACUGUGGACCUAUUACCCUAUGGGUAGGAAUAAAAAGGAACAAAUAUCAAAGUGUAACACACAUGAACUAUAGUCACUUUUUUCUGUAAAUACAAGCACUCGACAACUUCAGUGGUGACAACUGUUACAGUUUAAACUGAUAUGCAUGUGGAAUUAUUUGUUGCCACAUAAAUAAUUUCUAAAACCCCAA